AUGGCGAGCAUGGCAACAUCUAUAGGAGUCCCAGCUGGUCUGCUCACACCCUCGUUGGUUACUGGAGGGUACCUCGGCUCGGCAAUUGGGUCGGCCGCGAAGUCCAUCGGCGAGGCUACUGACAUGUCCCCCUCCUUCGUUCGAUACCUUCACCAAACAGGAGUUCUAUUCGGCAUGACGGGAAUGUUUUCUUCGUGGUUUCGGACCCCUAUCACGGCGGUUGUCAUAGCCUACGAGCUCACCGGAGUCUAUUCCCUCGUUCUCCCAAUUAUGUUGUGUAACUAUCUCUCGAGUGCGUUGAUCAGUCUAGUCUACGAGAAGGACGUCACCGAGCACAUGAUGGAGAGAGCGGGUGUCUCUGCUGAGGGGGCCCACUUCGAGCUCACCGACGCCAUCACGGAGGCUAAGCCUGUCGAACACUAUGAUGAGGAUUAUCACUCCUAA